UUAUAAUAGACCUAAUUUACAACCAUGCAGUCACUGUCAUCAGCUGUUGAUUUUUAUUAUGUUCAUUAACAAUAUCAGCCUUGGGCACUGGUGCAAGAACCGAUGUCGGUCGAGCGAUGACCGGCCAUCUACCUCCUCCGAGACUCGGGGUGGAAGAUCGACAUCACCGAGAGGCGACCCCAAGGAGCCCUCUAUCAAGGAGGUGGAUAAGCUCCACCUUCAAAUUGAGGAACUCAACCGCAGUCUAGCUUCUGUCUCGGAGUUCGUCCAAAGUGAGAAGGCUAAGAAGGAUGCUAAAGAACAAGCAAAGCGCGACGCUGAAGAAGAGGAACAGCAUAAGCCGGCUGAGAGAAAAGCAUGGGAGAAGGAGCGUAAGAGGUUGGAGAAACUACAGAAGGAGAAAGAGAGGGAUGCCGAGUUUGAAAAGAAGAUGGAGAUGCAGCUAGCAAUGAAGACUGGCGACUUUUUUGAUCGCUUGGAAGCUAACCUCGGACCAGUCCUUAAUGUCCUGAAACAGACACGAGGAAAGAAGCAAGCGGUCUGUAUAUCGGACCCUGGGUCGGAGUCGGGACCGGGGAGCUAUGGAAGCGAUACUGAAGAAAUCCGCUCUCAAACGCAGAAGUUGACGAUCCAUGAGAAGCGUAAUAGGGGACCGGAGCCCGUACUUGAGGACAGCCCACCGAUGUUGACGCCAGCAAAGAGGACACCACGUGGAACGAAGGAAAAAGGAGCGGCGGCUACUACACGGGUUACGCGAUCGAAGGCAAAGAUGAAGACGAAUCUUUCUCCUUACAUGGCGAAGAUGAAGAAGACCCCGGGACAACCGGGCACUGUCGCGAACUUGCGCUACCACAACCAAGCUAUGGAAGAACUCCGGAAUUUAGGCGCACAGGAGUUGCAGGCGAUAUGCAAGGACGAAGGCAUUGCGUACAACGGCAAGAUCGAUGGGAUAUUUGAUAUCGCAAGUCAUCGGACUAGGAAGAACUUUGGGGAGGUUGAACCGGUCGACAUGUCGGGAGUUUUUGAAGCCGAGGAAGAAACAUCGGUGACUGGUGAUGACGGAGGCCAGGACGAAGAGGCUUGAUGUGGUUUCGGAACUGAUGAGAUAUGGCGCUUAGUACACG